CGACAGCAGAGGAAAUAUCUGCUUGCAAGAUGGCGGCGUCUAUCAGGAAGUGAAGGAAACAACUGAAAAUAAAAGUUGGACCAAAUUCCUUGUUUUGGUCCAUUUAAAGCAAUAAUUCGAUUGAAAACAUAACUGCGAACGGAUCUUGUAUUCAGAAUAAGAAACACAUUCGUGGGGAUGGAGUGGGCCUUGGUAUAAGCUCUGUAGGACACAGCCAGCAUACGUACGUGAAGGUCAAAGGUCAUGUGUCAGCCUGCAACCUGAUGCCCAGCCUCCCAUCACCCUCACCGGCCAUGGACGGGGAGAACUACCUGCACCCAGAGGGGCCACAGCUGGACAGCAGCAUUUUCGAAGUUGCCUCUUCCAAUAUGGAGAGUUAUCUGUAUCCCUCUGGUUCCUGGGCAUCAUUUUCACAGCAGUCAGGAGGCUACAACGCACACUGCCCUAUGCAAUCUGGAAACCAGCAAUACCACUUGAAUGCUCCCAUGCCCGAUUUGGACAUGUUCAGCCAUUCAGGGUUCCAUGACGAUUUCCUCAACCUCCCCAGGAACGGAGACUUCCCUCAGAACCUGUCCUGCAUCGAUGACCUCUCCAACUCUCUGUUCUCCUCUCCGGCCGACUCGCUGUCAGACUACACCGAUGCCCAGGCCUUCAUCCCCACAGAUAACCUGGCCCACGUGCCCACGAUAUGGGACAUAAACACACCAGCACAGAGCCAGCUGGAGCUGAAUGCCAACAGGUUUCAGGAUUUGAACAGUUUGGAGGAUAUUGCUGCCAUUAUCAGCACCCCACCUUUGGGAGGAUACCAGCAGACUCAGAGAAACCAGACUCCGGCAGAAGAGGAGGCAGAGGAGGAGGAGGAAGAGACAGAGGAGCUGGGACAUGUAGACACCUACGCUGACUACAAACCAUCCAAAUCCACCAUAGGGAUCUCCCACCCAGACAUAGUGGUGGAGACCAACACGCUGUCCAGCGUCCCUCCACCUGACAUCACCUACACUCUGUCCAUUCCUAACUCCACCAUCAACUGUGGUCUGCUCUCUGCCCUGCAGCUGGAGGCCAUCAUAUACGCAUGCCAGCAACACGAGGUAAUUCUGCAGAACAACCAGAGAGCAGGCUUCCUGAUAGGAGACGGGGCCGGAGUAGGGAAAGGCCGCACAGUGGCCGGCAUCAUCCUGGAGAAUUACCUAAAGGGAAGGAAGAAAGCGCUAUGGUUCAGUGUAUCCAAUGACCUGAAAUACGACGCGGAGAGAGAUCUGAAAGACAUAGAUGCUCCCACCAUUCCUGUGCAUGCCUUAAACAAGAUCAAGUAUGGAGACACAGCUACCUCAGAAGGAGUCCUGUUUGCGACAUACUCUGCACUGAUCGGGGAGAGCCAAGCAGGUGGGCAGCACCGCACCAGACUCAAGCAGAUCCUGGACUGGUGCAAGCCCGGCUUUGAUGGAGUUAUUGUGUUUGACGAAUGCCACAAGGCCAAGAAUGCUACGUCCACCAAGAUGGGCAAGGCCGUGCUGGACCUGCAGCACAACCUGCCGCUGGCCAGGGUGGUUUACGCCAGUGCCACAGGUGCCUCUGAGCCAAAGAACAUGAUCUAUAUGAGCCGCCUGGGGAUCUGGGGCGAGGGCACGCCCUUCAAGACCUUUGACGACUUCCUGCACGCCAUCGAGAAGAGGGGUGUAGGCGCGAUGGAGAUUGUUGCCAUGGACAUGAAGGUGAGUGGGAUGUACAUCGCCCGGCAGCUGAGCUUCUCAGGGGUGUCCUUCCGCAUCGAGGAGAUUGGUCUGGACGACGACUUCAAACUGGUCUACAACAAAGCUGCCAAACUGUGGGCGGAGGCGCUGGCCGUGUUCAUGCGUGCAGCGGACGCGCUGUGUCUGGUCAGCAGGAAGUCCCUGUGGGGUCAGUUCUGGUCUUCCCACCAGCGCUUCUUCAAAUACCUCUGCAUCGCCGCCAAGGUUCGCUGCCUGGUGGAGCUGGCCAAGAAAGAACUGAAAGCUGGCAAGUGCAUCGUGAUUGGUCUACAGUCCACAGGAGAGGCCCGAACCAGAGAGGUCCUGGAUGAGAACGAUGGGCACCUGGACAGAUUCGUAUCUGCAGCAGAGGGUGUGUUCAAAGCUCUGGUACAGAAACACUUUCCCUCCGAGAAGCAGAGGAGAGAGAAGGCACGUGGAAACAAGAGAAAACGUAAGCCCAGGGGCCGGCAGCCCAAAUUCCCAAAGCACACCAUGGUUCAUCUGGGGGGCGUGAUCAACAUCAGUGACGACAGCAGCACGGACACGGACGGCAUGGACACCGACUCCAACUCCUCGCCAGACUCCCUGAUGGACAAUAACGAUGACGUCAUCUUCGUCCAGCACACCAGCUGUCACACAGCCAGUAUAGAGAAGAUGAAGCAGAGCCUCCUGAACAAGAUCGCUGACCUGGGAAAGGAACUACCUCUGAACACUCUGGACGAGCUCAUUGACCAGUUUGGAGGACCAGAGAUGGUAUCGGAGAUGACGGGUCGUAAGGGUCGCGUGGUGCGGCGUCCUGACGGAAGCGUGCGCUACGAGUCGCGUGCAGAGCAGAGCCAUACCAUAGACCACAUCAACCUCAAGGAGAAGGACCGCUUCAUGUGUGGAGAGAAGAUGGUGGCCAUCAUCUCAGAGGCAGCCAGCUCAGGCAUCUCCUUGCAGGCAGACAAGCGGGUGAAGAACCAGCGUCGGAGGGUCCACAUAACCCUAGAGCUGCCCUGGAGUGCAGACAGAGCCAUCCAGCAGUUUGGUCGUACCCAUCGCUCUAACCAGGUGACGGCUCCAGAGUACAUCUUCCUCAUCUCUGAGCUGGCCGGUGAAAGACGCUUCGCCUCCAUUGUGGCCAAGAGACUGGAGAGCCUGGGUGCAUUGACCCACGGUGACAGGAGAGCCACAGAGUCCAGAGACCUGAGCAAAUACAACUUUGAAAACAAGUACGGUACCAAGGCUCUGGAUAAGAUCACCAAAGCCAUCCUGGGCCACAUCGAGAGCAAGGUGUCCCCUCCCAAAGGUUACCCCGGGGGUGAUGCUCUGUUCUUCAGAGACAUGAAGCAUGGCAUGAUGGACGUGGGUAUCUUCUGCAAGGAGCCACGGUUUGGUCUCAGCACUGAGAAAGACUGCAGCAUCACCAAGUUCCUCAACAGGAUCCUGGGCCUGGAGGUCCACAAGCAGAACUCUCUGUUCCAGUACUUCACCGACAACUUUGACUACCUGAUCGAGAAGGACAAAAAGGAGGGCAAAUACGACAUGGGAAUCCUAGAUCUGGCCCCAGGUAACGAUGAAAUCUACGAGGAGAAGCAAGAGACCUUCAUGACAGUUGGAAACCCCCAGGACGGACAGGUCGUGCUCUACAAGAUCAGCGUGGACAGAGGUAUGCCCUGGGAGGAGGCCUAUGAGAAAGUCCAGAACCUCAACAGUCCUGACGAGGGCUUCUACCUCUCACACAAGUUGCGGGGGAACCACCCGUGUGUGCUGCUGGCGGAGCAGGGUCGAGGGAGGAACUUCAUCGUCUACAAGCCCAACAUCGGGAAGCAGGCCCACCCAGAGAGCCUGGACAACCUGCAGCUACGCUACCGCAAGGUGACUCCAGACCAAGCCAAGGACAGCUGGGAGAGCCAGUUCAACUUCUCCUUUGGGAAAUGUAGCCAUGCUAACUGGAACGGGAAGUGUAAGAAGAUCGAGGAGGGUCAGGAGUGUCUGCAGGGAAUGCGUCUGCGCCAGUACCACAUGCUGUGUGGUGCGCUACUGCGCGUCUGGAAGUAUGUGGCUGACGUGGUCUCUGACAUCACCUGCUCCAGCAUCCUUCAGAUCGUACGCCUCAAAACCAAAAAUAGUAACAAGCAAGUCGGUAUCAAGAUCCCAGAGAACUGUGUGGCCCGAGUGCGGCAGGAACUUCUCAAAAUGGACGAGGAGGUGAAGAGAAGGCGCAAGGAGAAGGAGCAGCAGCGCGCCCAGGAGCAGCAGCGAGCCCAGGAGCAGCGGCUAGCCGAGGAGCGGCAGCUUCAGAACCAACACCUGCUGGCCAAGCUUUACAGCCAGAGACAGACCCUGAACCACAGCUUCAACAACCAGAACUUGUCGCAGGGCCUCAAGACCCAGCGCCUGAGCCUGGCCCAGGCCAAUCCUCUACAGGUCAAGCCUUCACAGCUCAAACCCCAGCUCGGUCCAGUCAACCAGCUCCCCAGCAUGGCCAGCCCCACCUCCCACUUCUCCAAUUUCCCCCACCACUUCCCCUCCCUGCGCCUCCUGCAGCCCGACCCCUCCUCCUCCUCUAUGCCCCCUCGGACCGGGGAGGAGGUCUUAGACCUGACGGUGAGCCCCUCUCCCUCCCCAGACAGCAAAGAGAGAGGCCUGGUCCUCGACUGCCUGAACAGAGACGGCUUUGGCCUGGACUCUCUGAUAUUGCUGAGCGAGCUCGCCGCCCAGAACACUGCACACAAACUGCAGCAACCUCUACAGCCACUGCCACCACUGACAAAGCCACAGCAGCUACUGUCGCCACAGCAGAUACAGCUACAGUCGCCACAGCAGAUACAACCACAGCUACAGUCGCCACAGCAGAUGCAUCCACAGCUACAGUCGCCACAGCAGAUACAAACACAGCUACAGUCGCCACAGCAGAUACAGCUACAGUCGCCACAGCAGAUACAACCACAGCUACAGUCGCCACAGCAGAUACAGCCACAGCUACAGUUGCCACAGCAGAUACAACCACAGCUACAGUCACCACAGCAGAUACAACCACAGCUACAGUCGCCACAGCAGAUACAACCACAGCUGCAGUCACCACAGCAGAUACAACCACAGCAACGGUUGGACAGUCCGACUCUAAUCAACAGCGACCACCAGGACUACUAUGACAUCCUCAAACUGCUGGAAGAUCCAGACCAUCUGCCUUACUCUCUGUCUAGCCAGACAACUACUAACCCCUCCACUUCCUCCAACACAGUGGCUCAAGUCUCGUCCGGCCUCCUCUCUUCCCCCUCUACCCCCUCCUCCUCUCUCUUCUCUCCUUCGGCCCUGGCCCCCUCAGAACAGCAACCGCUCCCUCUGGCCAACGGCCACUGCAGCACGGACGCCCUCAUUAAUGUGCGCGAAGUGCUGGACAACAUGCUGCGGACCAGCGCAGAUCGGCAGACGGUUAUCCAUUACCGGCUGCCUGAAUGGGACUCUGUGUAACCACAUCAUCAGUGUGGCUGUCUGAAUGGGACUCUGUGUAACCACAUCAUCAGUGUGGCUGUCUGAAUGAGACUCUGUGUAACCACCUUGUCAGUGUGGCUGUCUGAAUGGGACUCUGUGUAACCACCUUGUCAGUGUGGCUGUCUGAAUGGGACUCUGUGUAACCACCUUGUCAGUGUGGCUGUCUGAAUGGGACUCUGUGUAACCACCUUGUCAGUGUGGCUGUCUGAAUGGGACUCUGUGUAACCACCUUGUCAGUGUUGCUGUCUGAAUGGGACUCUGUGUAACCACCUUGUCAGUGUGGCUGUCUGUGUCCUCUAGCUGCUGAGUGUGAAAGCAAGCCUCAUCCCCUCUCCCCUCAGGACCUAGUCACAUCACUGCCUGUCCUGUGCUCUUCUCCUCCUUAACCCUCCCAGUCACUUUCACUAGACCAAAUGUGUGGUCCCGUUCAGAGAUGGUAAACAUACGACCCAGGUGGAACUGGCCCGGGCACUUCGCUGAGAGAGAGAGAGCAAAUGGUCUAUUUCUACACCAAGGCUUGACUCAAUGAAGAAACACAAUUCCAACAGGGUUUGAUUAUGUUUCUAGAACUAUCAAAAGCUCAUGUGCUUUAAAAAAAAUCCAACCUGGUUGCAAUUGUUUUUUGUUUUUUAUUGAGGAAACCUUAAUUUAGAAAUAUUUUUCUAGAACCACAGCUAGUCGCUACUGGUUAUGUUGGGUUUCACUGGUAACAUCGCUGGAUUCAAACUGCCUUUCAUGCACAUCUGUAUGCUUUUCUGCGUUGUCCUGUAAUUCGCUUCAUCGCCAUUGCAUCGACUUGGUUUGUUAAAACCAAGGGCUCGACUCAAAAACAUAAAACUGGAAAAAUGGACAAAGUUUCAGUUUUGGCUCCUUCUUCUCCCUCACUCUGCUGUUUCUACCAUCACUCUCUCUAGUGUCCCGUGUGAAAAAAGAAGGGAGUCAGCCGUUGUAACAGUGCCUUUGGAAACCUACUUAAAUGCAGUCUUUGAAACCCAUAUAGGCCUAAUGUAUAGAUUUGUACUGGAAGCAUAGGUAUGUUAAUUUAUUAUAUUUGUAUUUAACUUAACCCUCCUCGGCCCUCUGUUGGCUCUAUGCUGGUGGCAGGUGCCAGGGGUCGUCCCCACGAUCCCAGUAUGUGUAUGUCUGUCUGUGUGUGGACCCUAUAACUGUCCCUUCAGCACGUCUGUUCUGUGUGGAACCCUGCUUUCCCAUGCCAUGUUAUAGACAGAGAGCAGGGGUUAGAUGGGAUGGACACUGCUGUUGUGAUGCAAUUUAAAAUGGUGUCAUAUCCUACUUUUAGUCUACUUACCAUUCAUCCAAACGGUGACUCCUGGGUUGCUUUUGAUUUGAAGUUCUCAGGAAUGUCUCGGUGCAUUUGUUGUUUUGUUUAACUUUCAGACCAACACUGAUAUGAGCAUUUGUUUUAGCUUCAUAUAUAUAUAUAUAACUUUAGCAUAUAUAUAUGCUAAAACAAAUAAUAAAUACAUAUAAUACAGUGCCUUUGGAAAGUAUUCAGACCCCUUGACUUUUUCCACAUUUUGUUACGUUA